AUGAGAAAUUCUAUUGCUGGCAGAGUUUAUCACUGCGCAAACAGAGGUUCAAGGAAAUUAGGCCUUACCUCUGCUCUUUUCUCUCGUCAUAUUCAUGAAAUUCCAAUCCCAGCAUCCCCAAAACCUGGCUCCUACCUCGUUUUUGACAGCUUUCGAAAUUCUCCGCAGCACGGACUUUGUUUCCCGUCGAUUGCCCUCCUCCGCCGUUUACAUGUCAGUUGCCCUACUGAGCAAGCUUGCAAGGACUCAGUCGACGAUGAGUCCAAUGGAGAAGUUGAGCCAAUUGAUACGUGGGAGGAAGAGGAUGAAGCCGAGCCUGAGAUCGGUGAUGGAGGUGAUGGUGGUGGGAUCGUUCUGCAUAAUUGCCCUUGGGGCCAAAAGGCUCUAUCCAUAGCCCUAGAGUUACUGCAAGAUUUUGGUGAAGACAUGAAGAUUUAUGCAUUCAAAACUUCUCCUCGAGGGUACAUUUAUGUGAGACUCGACAAAAUUCCGAAUGAAUACGGUUGUCCAAGCAUGGAGGAGAUUGAAUCUUUCAGUCGAGAAUAUAAGAAAAAAUUGGAUGAAGUUGGUGCACGAGGAGACAUCCCUGAUGAUUUAGCUCUUGAGGUGUCGAGCCCAGGUGCCGAUAGGCUGCUAAAAGUUCCGGAUGACCUGUUAAGGUUCAAAGAUUUGCCAAUGUCAGUCAGCUACAUGGAGAAUUCGAACACUAAAUGCCAAGAGAAAAAUGGAGUUUUCUUUCUUGACUCAAUUGAAACCGAAUCAAGAUGCUGCAUUUGGAAACUUGCAGACGUGAGGGAAAAUCUAGAUCCUUCAGCUAAGGGGAGGCCACUGAGCCGUAAGCAGAAAGACAGCAGACUAAAACUAUCAUAUGACACAAUAGAGCGGGUUACGCUUUAUAUUAGAUGCUAA